AUGGUCUCCCAUCUCAUCACUACCACGCUCCAAGCCGCGUGCCUGUCCGCCCUCUCAAACCUCGCUGCGCAAGGCAUAAAAGCCUACCGAGAAUCACACCCUUUCACGCUCAGACUCGCUCCCUUGGCGCAGUUUGUCAUCUUCACCCUCAUCUCCUGUCCGCCCAACAUCCUCUGGCAGGAAUAUCUCGAAUACAAAUUCCCCGGCUACACUGUUGCACCCACCUCCCUCUCUACCACCUCCUCCUCUCCGACCGCCGAGAAACAACUCCACAUACCCAACACACUACGCAAAUUCCUCUUCGACCAAACAUUGGGAGCAUUUGUGAACACAGUCGCCUUUGUUGCUGCCAUGGCAGCCUUCAAGGGGAAAUCUGCCAAAGCCGUACAAAGAGAAGUGGAGAGAGAUGUUAUCCCGUUGAUGAUUAGCAGCUGGAAGCUCUGGCCCAUCGUGGCGUUGAUGAAUUUCACCCUCGUGCCCGUGAACAAAAGGGUGAUAGUGGCCAGUGUUGUGGGAUUAUUCUGGGGCAUUUAUUUGAGUUUGUUCGCUGCACUGGAGUGA